AUGCUAUCACCAACGAACAAGCUUGAUAGACCAUCGCAGGGAGCAAAAGAAAAGAAAAGCAAAGAAAGGGCCUAUCUUGGCAGGCUAGCCAGAGGAGACAGAGGAGACAGAGGAGAGAGGGGAGAAGAGGGCAGAGAGGGCAGUGGAAGAAGGCCCAUGAAACGCCCGGGCAGGGAAGAAAGAGAAAAGACAGGAAGAAGCAAAUAUAGAGCAAAAACCAUAAAAGACGACGGCGAGGAAGAAGCAAAGAAGCAGAGGCAGCGGAGGCCUGUCACUGGCUGGGCAGCGGUCGAGAUGGAUGCUGGAGAUGGAGCUGCACGCAGACGAUAUGCCUUCAACGUGGGCUUCCCAUGGGGGGGAAGAUCCGCCCCGGACAAGGAUUUUUUUCUUCUUCUGCUUCUGCUUCUUCGUCUUGCCGCUGUACCUAAGUUAAAAGUGAGAGAGAGAGACAGAAAGGGAAAAAGCAACGAAGAAGUCAACAAGAGGAAGAGGAAGAGGAAGAAGAAUAAGUCUGCAAAAGAGCCAGAGAGGGACCCCCUGUUCUGGGGAUGCCGGAGAGUCGAUAAGGGGAAGAAGCAAAGAGAGGAAGCAGACGAAGACGAAGACGCAGACCUUGCCUUGACCUGCAUGGACCAAGAGACAGAUACAGAGACAGAGGCAGAGGCAGAGAGGAGAGGCAAGGCAGGGCAAGGCUUCACCGGCCACUAA